UGUAGUUUAUACCUAGUAAUGUUGCCUAUGAUGUUUGCCAUAUUAGCAUAAAUCAACAAGUAUAUUGUACAGCUUUCCAAUUCAAAAUCUCGGCUCAGGCAUGUUUCAUUUAUACAGGAUAUUAUUACUUGACGUUCAGCGGUGCUUUCCAAGAAAAGGAGCGAGUGUUGCAAUUGUGUGUGCUAUGGGCUGUCAUUUGCAUGUCAUCUUUGGGCUGUGCUUUGUCUGUACAAAUUCGUUGUAUUGCAGCACUAAGCGUUCCAACCAUGGUUGGUAAAACAGGCCGAAGCGUGCUUGGCGCUGUUCUUGCGACGUGGAUCUUGGCUGGUACAUACAUUACUAUUUUAUUGCAUUUAUUUGGUAAAGAACCAUUUCCGUAUGUUCUGUGCAUUCUAACAAAAUUGCAGGACCGAUAGCUAAUGUGAUGUACCACAGCGGAGAAGCAGUGAACAGCCUGACUUGCACAGCGCGCAUGCACAAUAAGCAAAUGAUGCAGUUAUUGCACUUAUUACACGCACCAGUUACCGCCGGCUUUAGGCAACUUGUGGCAAGUCUCAUGUUAAACAGUUAUACGUCUGGUAAAGUUAAAUACUUGACCAUUUUGCAGGACGACGCUGUCGUGCUAAAUGAUACGGAAAAAAGGUUGAACGAUGAAAUGGAAACAAUGAAAGGCGAGCUUUGGAGCAAUGAUGACACCAAACCAACUGGAUCUACCGCAAGUGAAAAAACUGUAGUAACUGAAGCAAAUCUCGCUGGAAAACUGAAGGACGAUGCGGUUCAACGGUGUACAGGGGUCUUCGAGUACGGUGUGAAUGAAUGUGUUCGGUUGUUCCAGAAAAAGGAGCAGGAAUGUCACGACGCAAUCAAAAUUCCUUUCUUAAAAGACAUUCUGUGUUUGGUUCUAAAAACAUCAUUUCUUUGCAACAUUGUACGCAAUUUUAACACGUGGUGCGCUGCCGUUCCAGCCGUCGACGAAGCAUCUGUCAAUCAAAAUUAUUCAAAAAUGAACCAAAUUUCUGAGUCUCUAAAUCGGGAAUUCGAAUCUAAUCUCUUGUGGAAGGUACCACGUGACGAGCCCGCCCCGGCGAUGUUAACCGUCGAUGAGAUCGUUAAAAACGUUGAAAGCGAUAUUCGUCGUAAAAAGCAAAUUUUUGACUUUUGCAUUGCGCUCGUAAAGAAAGUCAUCGGAAUUUCAUUUAUAUUUGUUCUGUCCUCAUCGAGUUCAUAUAACUCAAACUACUUGACUGACUUUCGUUUUGAUAAUCUGUACGUAACGACAUACUUCAAAAGGAAAGACAAAGAGCGAAAAGUGCAGGGAAAACGUUGUCUUCUACCCUUAUCAAGGCUUGAAAAGCGUCAUCUCAUUUUACCAAUGUCCCCCAAACUAUCGAUAAAUGAAAAGAAGUCGGUGGUAAGUAUGCUUGUGGAAAUUUUCAUUUACGUCACACAAAUGUGGAAAUUGAAAACUAAAACCGCAAAGUCCGUCCAUCAACGCAAAAAAAUCAAUUAG